UCUAACCUCAGAAAACUGAUUUAUCCUUGGGAAGGGUCAGUUUCUUCAUUAGGACAAUGAAGAAAAAUCCAGCUGUCCCUUCCAAGGGGAGGUAUCAUGAGCAGUAUCAAGGUAAGCAAGGGAACCUGGUUUGGAAUCCUGGUUGACACCAGCUCUCACUUUAAGAAGUCGCAAGAGACAGCCGCAAGAGAGGAAGCCACAGACCAGGUUGGACCCUGAGCCUGGAGUACUGCCUUUUCUCUUCUUUGCCUGCUAAACUCCUUGCUCGUCAAGAUUCAGCAGAGAUGACACCUUCUCUGGGAAGGCUUCCUGAGUCUCCUGCAGUGAGUCCCUAGGCUCCCCUAGCCCUUGGCUCUUAUUUCUUGGCUCUUAUGUCUUAUCUCUGAGAAAUCUGAGAUCUGCACUUUUGUUAGAAGUCCGUUUUAAAGACGAUCUUUUAAAGUGUACAAAUAGGAACCUUAUCUUAUUGUAUUGCAGCUACCUAUUUGCAGGCCUAUCUCCUCCCCCCGUGUGUAUCAGUGCUCAGGCUGGGCCUUUGUCUGCUGGCUUGUGGAGGGAGGCAGGACAAGCCAGUGACCACAUUCCUGCACUCUGGGCUGCCUCCUGUGGGGCCCGUGAGGAAGCGGCAGCCCUCCCUGCUGCGUGCAGGGCCUGGGUUGUGUGGGUGGCUCUCCCGAGUCUCCUCCAGCCCUUUUCGGGUCUCAUUCUCUGACCCUCCUCUCUCUCCUUGCUCACCACUUGGCACUCCACUCCUUAUCCUUUUGCUGCAUUAAGUUUGGAAAGAGAUUUUGGAGAAAAAUAUAGCCCCAUCAAUGAAUUUCUCCUCCUCCCAGGGCCUGUCUGGGCGUGUGCCAUGCCCACCCUCUUCCUUUCCAGUGCUGGCCACAUCCUCCCUGCACCUUCAGUGCCUGCUUUCCCUGCCUCUUCCUGGGCUCCGGGUCUGUGCCCACAGUGUCCUGCGUGGCCCUCGCGCUGCCUCUGGUUGCCCACAUUCCUGCAACUCCGUGACCACAGCAGGGGCGAUUACACAUUCCUGGCCUGGCAGCCAACAGUGUAAAAAAGAACAGAAUGUCCUAGGGCCCCGCCUAGCCCCCAGCUUCACCUGGGCCCCUCCCGGGUCUGGACAAGGUUGGAGGGGGUGGCGAGGAAUCAGCAGGAAAGAGGAGGGACCGGGAGGAGGCAGAUGCGUCCCACCUGAGUGCGCUGCUCCCACUUAGUGAGCGGGGAGGAGACCUGCAGAGACCUCUUCUCUCUUCUCUCUUCUCUGCAGGGCCUGAGGGUGAGGCUGACCUGUGGGUGCCCUUGGAGGGCUGCCCACUUGCUGAGCCUCUAGCUCCUGGAAGCACACUUGGGACUCCCCCCUUGCUCUCCUUCCUGGAGACAGACUCCCUUUGGUGCUGGCUCCUUCUAUUUGCCCCCACCACCGCCCCCCACCUGCCUCUACUCACUCACUGCCCCUCCUCCAUCCCUAUCUCUCUGUCCUUCGCUGUCCCUCUCUAUUGUCUCCCUCUUUCUGCCCUCCUGUCCUCCGGGUUCCCCACCCAGGCCCUCUCAGCCUGGCUGGCCCCUUCUCCUUGUGUUGCCCUCCUAGCUGUGGGCUCAGGAUCCUUCUACUUGUUCAGAUCUUUGCCCCCCACCUGCCAUCCUGUCCCCCAGCCUCCUUGCCUGUCUGCAUCUAAAGCCCCUGCCCAGAGUCCGCCUUCUCAGGUCCAGUACUCCCAGUUCACCUGCCCUCGGGAGCCCUCCUUCCUUCGGAAAACUCCCAGCUCAGACUCCUCCUCAGCCCCUCCCCCCGCCCUGCUCACCUUUAAUUGAGAUGCUAAUGAGACUCCUGUCGCUUCCAUCCCUGGCCGGCCGGCGGGCGGGCGGGCUCCCCAGCCAGGCCGCUGCACCUGUCAGGGGAACAAGCUGGAGGAGCAGGGCCCUAGACCUCUGCAGCCCACACCAGGGCUCAUGGAGGGGAACAAGCUGGAGGAGCAGGACUCUAGCCCUCCACAGUCCACUCCAGGGCUCAUGAAGGGGGACAAGCGUGAGGAGCAGGGGCUGGGCCCCGAACCUGCGGCGCCCCAGCAGCCCACGGCGGAGGAGGAGGCCCUGAUCGAGUUCCACCGCUCCUACCGAGAGCUCUUCGAGUUCUUCUGCAACAACACCACCAUCCACGGCGCCAUCCGCCUGGUGUGCUCCCAGCACAACCGCAUGAAGACGGCCUUCUGGGCAGUGCUGUGGCUCUGCACCUUUGGCAUGAUGUACUGGCAAUUCGGCCUGCUUUUCGGAGAGUACUUCAGCUACCCCGUCAGCCUCAACAUCAACCUCAACUCGGACAAGCUCGUCUUCCCCGCAGUGACCAUCUGCACCCUCAAUCCCUACAGGUACCCGGAAAUUAAAGAGGAGCUGGAGGAGCUGGACCGCAUCACAGAGCAGACGCUCUUUGACCUGUACAAAUACAGCUCCUUCACCACUCUCGUGGCCGGCUCCCGCAGCCGUCGCGACCUGCGGGGGACUCUGCCGCACCCCUUGCAGCGCCUGAGGGUCCCGCCCCCGCCUCACGGGGCCCGUCGAGCCCGUAGCGUGGCCUCCAGCGUGCGGGACAACAACCCCCAGGUGGACUGGAAGGACUGGAAGAUCGGCUUCCAGCUGUGCAACCAGAACAAAUCGGACUGCUUCUACCAGACAUACUCAUCAGGGGUGGAUGCGGUGAGGGAGUGGUACCGCUUCCACUACAUCAACAUCCUGUCGAGGCUGCCAGAGACUCUGCCAUCCCUGGAGAAGGACACGCUGGGCAACUUCAUCUUCGCCUGCCGCUUCAACCAGGUCUCCUGCAACCAGGCGAAUUACUCUCACUUCCACCACCCGAUGUAUGGAAACUGCUAUACUUUCAAUGACAAGAACAACUCCAACCUCUGGAUGUCUUCCAUGCCUGGAAUCAACAAUGGUCUGUCCCUGAUGCUGCGCGCAGAGCAGAAUGACUUCAUUCCCCUGCUGUCCACAGUGACUGGGGCCCGGGUAAUGGUGCACGGGCAGGAUGAACCUGCCUUUAUGGAUGAUGGUGGCUUUAACUUGCGGCCUGGCGUGGAGACCUCCAUCAGCAUGAGGAAGGAAACCCUGGACAGACUUGGGGGCGAUUAUGGCGACUGCACCAAGAAUGGCAGUGAUGUUCCUGUCGAGAACCUUUACCCUUCAAAGUACACACAGCAGGUGUGUAUUCACUCCUGCUUCCAGGAGAGCAUGAUCAAGGAGUGUGGCUGUGCCUACAUCUUCUAUCCGCGGCCCCAGAACGUGGAGUACUGUGACUACAGAAAGCACAGUUCCUGGGGCCAGGCACGGUGGCUCACGCUUGUAAUCCCAGCACUUUGGGAGGCUGAGGCGGGCAGAUCACGAGGGUACUGCUACUAUAAGCUCCAGGUUGACUUCUCCUCAGACCACCUGGGCUGUUUCACCAAGUGCCGGAAGCCAUGCAGCGUGACCAGCUACCAGCUCUCUGCUGGUUACUCACGAUGGCCCUCGGUGACAUCCCAGGAAUGGGUCUUCCAGAUGCUAUCGCGACAGAACAAUUACACCGUCAACAACAAGAGAAAUGGAGUGGCCAAAGUCAACAUCUUCUUCAAGGAGCUGAACUACAAAACCAAUUCUGAGUCUCCCUCUGUCACGAUGGUCACCCUCCUGUCCAACCUGGGCAGCCAGUGGAGCCUGUGGUUCGGCUCCUCGGUGUUGUCUGUGGUGGAGAUGGCUGAGCUCAUCUUUGACCUGCUGGUCAUCACGUUCCUCAUGCUGCUCCGAAGGUUCCGAAGCCGAUACUGGUCUCCAGGCCGAGGGGGCAGGGGUGCUCAGGAGGUAGCCUCCACCCUGGCAUCCUCCCCUCCUUCCCACUUCUGCCCCCACCCCACGUCUCUGUCCUUGUCCCAGCCAGGCCCUGCUCCCUCUCCAGCCUUGACAGCCCCUCCCCCUGCCUAUGCCACCCUGGGCCCCCGCCCAUCUCCAGGGGGCUCCACAGGGGCCGGUUCCUCCGCCUGUCCUCUGGGGGGGCCCUGAGAGGGAAGGAGAGGUUCCUCGCACCAAGGCAGAUGCUCCUCUGGUGGGAGGGUGCUGGCCCUGGCAAGAUUGAAGGAUGUGCAGGGCUUCCUCCCAGAGCCGCCCAAACUGCCGUUGAUGUGUGGAGGGGAAGCAAGAUGGGUAAGGGGCUCAGGAAGUUGCUCCAAGAACAGUGGCCGAUGAAGCUGCCCAGAAGUGCCUUGGCUCCAGCCCUGUACCCCUUGGUACUGCCUCUGAACACUCUGGUUUCCCGACCCAACUGCAGCUAAGUCUCUUUUUCCCUUGGAUCAGCCAAGCGAAACUUGGAGCUUUGACAAGGAACUUUCCUAAGAAACCGCUGAUAACCAGGACAAAACACAACCAAGGGUGCACACAGGCAUGCACGGGUUUCCUGCCCAGCGACGGCUUAAGCCAGCCCCCGACUGGCCUGGCCACACUGCUCUCCAGUAGCACAGAUGUCUGCUCCUCCUCUUGAACUUGGGUGGGAAACCCCACCCAAAAGCCCCCUUUGUUACUUAGGCAAUUCCCCUUCCCUGACUGCCGAGGGCUAGGGCUAGAGCAGACCCGUGUAAGUAAAGGCAGACCCAGGGCUCCUCUAGCCUCAUACCCAUGCCCUCACAGAGCCAUGCCCCGGCGCCUCUGCCCUGUGUCUUUCAUACCUCUACAUGUCUGCUUGAGAUAUUUCCUCAGCCUGAAAGUUUCCCCAGCCAUCUGCCAGAGAACUCCUAUGCAUCCCUUAGAACCCUGCUCAGACACCAUUACUUUUGUGAACGCUUCUGCCACAUCUUGUCUUCCCCAAAAUUGAUCACUCCGCCUUCUCCUGGGCUCCCGUAGCACACUAUAACAUCUGCUGGAGUGUUGCUGUUGCACCAUACUUUCUUGUACAUUUGUGUCUCCCUUCCCAACUAGACUGUAAGUGCCUUGCGGUCAGGGACUGAAUCUUGCCCGUUUAUGUAUGCUCCAUGUCUAGCCCAUCAUCCUGCUUGGAGCAAGAAGGCAGGAGCUCAAUAAAUGUUUGUUGCAUGAA